GGACCACUUGCACAAAGCUAGCAAAGUUACCCAUAACAGCACUCAGACCAUAUAUACCCUCUCAAUCACGCCGGGUUGCUAUCGGCAAUCUUGGAACCGAAUGGCGGAUUCAAUGCAACAUUUCCAGUUACUUUCGCCUGACUUUCAAUGAAUUGUAUGAAGUGGGUCUUCGGACCCUGCUGUUGUGGUUGUGCUUAUCGUGGUAACGACUGGCAGACUGCGGACCGCAAACGACUGGGACCAUCUCUCCUUGCUUUCUUCCGACAAGCUAUGGACUUUAUACAUCACCUCGAGAUGCAUCACGGGAUAGAAGAACAACAUAUCUUCCCCGUUCUUCAACGAAAGAUGCCCGAUUUUGCAAAAGGCGCUAAGCAUCGCAAUUCUCACAAGGGUAUUCACGAAGGUCUCGACCGAUUGGAGGCAUUGAUAAAAGAUUACCGUAAUGAUCCGAAAACAUACUCUCCUGUCGAAUUUCGAGCCUGUCUAGACUCUUUCCGAGAUGUACUUUUUUCUCAUUUGGAUGAAGAAGUAGCAGAUUUGCAAGGCGAGAAUCUCAAGAAAUUCUGUACUCUCGCAGAGGUUCAGCGUUUGCCUAUGUGA